CGCGGCCGGGUCAGCAGGGGUCGCUGCGGAGCAGCCCGGGAGACGUUCCGUUCAAAGCGCCUGAGAGGAGGGGCGCUUCCUGUUUAGCCAGAGGCAGGAGCGGCUAUGGCGGCGGCGGCGAAAGGAGCAGGAGCGGCGCCCCCGCUCGCGGCAGCGGGCUCGGAUCCCGGAGCGCCGGGGCGGACGGGAGCCUGCCGAAGGCCGGCCAACAUCCUGGCCCAGCUCCGGCAGGCGCAGCUCAGUGGCCGGGGCCUGUCGCGGGGGCCGCAGGUACCGCGGGGCUGAGGCGGGCUUGGUGGGAAGGCCGAGGCUGAGGCGACGCCGACACGCCACCUCCCUCAGAAGAGGCUCCGCUCGGGAGACGGGGCGGCGGCGGCGGGAGGGACGAGGCGGGGAGCGAGGCCGCGGCCGAGCCACGUCCCAUUCUAGCCUAUCCUUUUGCAGCUCACUCUGGGGUGGGAAGUGGGGGGCGGUUUUCGCCCCUGUCCCUCCCUUGCGUGUGAUGCCGCCCCUUUGUCUCUCCCCACCCCCAGACUCGCAUCCAGGAGGCGGCCCUUCUUGGCACCCGUUAAGGCGAGCUCGGGCAAUUUUAUCCCAUCUCCCCCACCCUCGGAAAGAUGGGAGUCAGAGGCUUUCUGCCGCUCGUCUUUCUGGGCUCCCAGGGAAUCCUGGAGUUUCUGCUGCGAGGCCUGCUUGGCUUCCUGGUCUGCAACUCUCAACGGCUUUUCUGUUAAUAAGGCCAUUGCCUCUGGCAUUUGCUGAAGUCCGGUACCUUUCUCCCAGUAGCAUGCAAUCCAGUUUACUUCGUUGGAAAGGUGUCGUCUUGCCUUGCUCGCCGGAGUUUUUUGCGCGCGCACGGGCGUCUUGCACAGCCCCAUGGCAAGGUAUAACUCCCAAGCAGGAGUCAGUUGGCAGAAUAUAAGAGCACCGUGUUCUCCAUCGCUGAGUCAACGUGUGGCAAUUUUGUUGUGUUCCGAGAGGCAAUCUUAAAAGUGUGAUCUUUAUGUAGCAGACACAAAGUCUGGCAGUUGAAUUUUUCACCUCCUUUCCUCCAUAACAGCUGCCACGUUUAGGAGCAUUAGGAAAUAAUAGUGUCCAAGAACACAUAUCAAAUACGUUUUCUUUAUUUAGUAGAACUUAAGCAUUGCAGGGGGGAAAAGACAUAUGAAGUUAAUGCCAUAAAAACCUGAAGUACCAACAUUGCAAAUCUACAAUGUUGAUUAUCAAUACUGAGCUGUGAAACCCUAAUUAAAUCAUAAAUACCUGAAUAAGCAAGGCUAAAAUUGGGCAUCAGGCAAAAGGUGAUAUUGGCCUCUGAAAUGGAAGAAUGGGAGAUGCUCAAAGGAAUAGAUAUUUAUACCCAUUUUUGCCUUUAAGGGAGAUAAUUUUUUCUAACCUUUUUCAUUUAAUUGAAGACUACAGUCCACAAAAUACCCAACUUCAAUAAAUAUCUAUAUUUUUGCUUUUAUAAGUAUCUUUGUUGUUGAUUAUGUUGUUCUCCCUCUCUUCUUUUUUCCUGUAUCCCUUUAUUUCUUUUAACUGAAAUCACCUAAAUAAAACAUAAGUAUUAAAUUUAAAAAAUGAAAGGAUUCAAUAAAUCAUGUCCUCAAAAUACAUUCAUUUCAGCUUUGGCAAUGGUUUUGAUCAAACAUAAUUUACUGUCAUCAAAGCAUAAUAAUUUUAGUAGCAUCUAAAACAACUACAUCAAAUACAAACAAUUGCUAUUUUAAAAAAGUAUCUGGAUAAGAAUUACAUGCACAUUAUUAAAACCUAAAUUUUACAGGGAUGUGUUUGACUCAUAUUGGGGCGUACUAAAAUUAUCAAUGUUAAAAAUAGCAUUUGCUGUGAACACAGCUUGCUUAACCAAUACAUAAAGGUGGAUUAAUAAGUCAGGCCAAUCAAGGUUUUUUUUAUAUAAUGGGAGACAUAAUGGUAUCGGUUCAAGAUAGGGAAUGGGAAAUAGUGAUCUACCAUUCUGGUAUGCAAGUGUGUCCUGUCUCUGAAGGGUGUUAUAAAAAUAGAAAGAUGCCUUAUAUUCCCAUUUCUGUAAGUUUAGUUGGAUUGCAUUGGUAUAAGGAAAAUCAGCCAUAUGGACUAUUGCAGUGUCCUGGAACCAGCCAAAAUGAAAAUAUUUGCCACAAAUAUAUGUGAAGUUUUUUGAAGAAAUAUUCCUUUGUAUGUGAUACCUCACAAUACACAAUAUAAUGUUGCAAUCCAGCACUGAGCUGGGUACACCGAAGCCUGCUGUUUUCAGUUAUUAUGAUCAAAAUGCACAAUGUAAAUGUUAAAAAUUAUAUUCAUUCAUCACUUUAAAAAUGAUUCUUUUCUAGCUUGAAAAUAGAAUUUACUUACCAGGAUAACCUAACUUGCUCAGUUCUUUUUUUGUCCUUCAGUGAAAUACGUUGUGCCUAUCCUACUUAAGUCAUUUCCUUUAGUCAUUUCCCCUAAAUACUAGAAGAGUUCUGGUUUGAUGACUAGUGGAAAACGUGACAUUGAUCUUGUAAACUCCUAGUUGGGUUUCUUUGAUGAGUUUUGAACCUUUGAAUCUGUGCUGUUUUGCUUGUAUAUAUUUCAUGCUUGAUCAGCAUUCAUUUCUCUUUUGGCACAAUAAACUAAAUUAUAUGGAAAUUUACAUCCAGAAUUUUUAAAAACUCUCUGAAAAUGGUGGAGCCAGAAGCUUUGUUAAGUGUGAGUGCUGAAUUUAAAAUACUGUUUUGUUCUGCUCACAGGGACUUCUUAAAAUAGAAGUCCCUGUGAGUUGGGGGGCGGGGAAGCUGCAAUAGCCCAAAGUUACCUGUCUCUGCUGCAACACUUUAGCAUGGAGUUGCUACUCAAAACUUUUAGUGUAGAAGGUUCUUGUCACUGCUUUGUUGCAAGACUGGGAAUGAAAAGAGAAUUUGAAGCAUUGAUUCUUUUCCACGGUAAUGGAAUCUGCAUUUCAAUAGCAUUUUCAUGGGGAGGGGAGAAUUCAUCACUGUGUCAUGCACAUUGCAUUUUCUGCAUCGGCAUCAUCACUACUGCACAUUACAAUCACACAUAUCUUUUCUGGUGCAAGUGUUCACAGUACAGAAACUGGUUUUCCAGCUCAGGUAUGCAUAACAAAAGAUACUUGUAAAUCUAGUUUGUUUGUUCUUCUUGUAGUGAAAGUUAUAUCUGUGAAGAAAAAUCAUAAUGUGAGGAGUCCUUCUAUCUUAAAAGAGCUGUGGUGUUAAUCCUGUCUAGAACCUGACAAAACUGAUGGCACACAUAAGCUGCCCACUUGGCCAACAUCUAAACGAUGUCUGUCUGUUUGCACAAUGGGAUUUCUAGUUUCUCUUCUCUCCCUGUAAAAUCUGCUGAAUGGUCCCUGAAUUCCCCCAGAGCAGAUUUGGGGGUUGUGUUUUGGGGGUCCAUGGGGAGGAAAUGAAGGGAAAGCCCCAUUGUGUAUGCAGGCACCUACUUCCGCUAAAUUAGAUCUCACAUUUUGACAAGCAACCCUACUUAGAAAAUUUAUUUUAACCCUUCAGUGGGUAUUGAAAAUCUAGAGCAUUUUAAGUGAGAUAAGGCUUCCUAAUUUUGAUAAAAUAACGGAAGGAAGAUGAGGAUAACACACUUGUGGGGAACUAGAGUAAGUUAUAUUUUGGAUAUUGAAAGUGCAGGAUAAUUUACAAUUAGUUUAUGAGUCUAAAGAUAAUACAGAAUGAAACAACAGUAUCCCAUCAGUGCAAGGAUUGAUCCUUGCACGACUGGACUUUCCCGACACACACUCUACACACUCUCCAAAUCUGCUCUGUAAGGUUGAGGUAACCCUCUAGAAUUGGUUUAGGGGGCACAAGCAGAAAUUAUUGCACAGAUAGAAUGUUCAUAUAGCACUACGUUGGAUACAACCCUUUAUUUACAGUACUAUCAACAUCUGUGAAUUUAUAAUUUCUCCGUGCCAAUGCCAAUUUAAAAAAACAACCCAUUCUUUUCAUUUUUAUAAAGAAGAUAAUCUACGAAAUAAAAAUAUAGGUGGAAGAUAUAGCAGGGAAAGCAAUCUAAUUUUCUUUUUGUAUUAGUAUUUUUUAUUAGCAACAAACUAGUCAGCAGUUGCACAUUGUUAACAUACCUCACCAUUAUCACUACUCUGGCUGAUAACUUUGCUUAUUUCCUUUGCAAUACUCGUAUGUGAGAGCUGUGGGUAUUAUUAAUAUAGUAUAGUUAUAACAGAAAGCAGGGAAUCUCUUGAUCUACAGAUUUGAUCUAGGUGGCCUUAAAAAAGAUCACAUUCAGAGCCUAGCUGUCAGUUUUCAAUACUAUUGAAAAUAUUGCUGGUGGAUUAUUAUUUUUUUUAAAAAAUGUUUUGUAAAUUUAGCACUAGACAUUGGCCUACUAGAGAAUGGUAAGAAAUUUUAGGUCUGUUCUUGAAUGGGAAAAUCUUUAAGCAAAAGAAAUGAUGGGGUGGCUUGGUUUUUACUACUGUUUACAAUAGCUAAACUAUGUUAACCAGCUGACGAAUGAGGAAAAGCUUAACUCACAAUGAUAUCUGAAAACAAUAUUUCCCAUUUUCCUUAGGGUAACCUUCAAAGGGAGCCUGGGAGAUUAUAAAUCUGUCCUCCACCCCACCCCCAGCUGUAGUGGCAAUGUUUGCUUCAGUUAACCAAGGUCAAACAUUUUUAAUGCUGAUUUCAAAAAUCAUGUUUUAGCAGCUGUACAUUGGCUUGACAUGUUCAUCAAGCUAUCUACCACAAACUCAAGUCCUCAUUCCUAUUCAGUUACCACCUCCACCAAUUCAGACUCCUUAUGUGAAAUUUAGAGAGAAAAGUGCCCCAGUUUGCAUCAGUUUACUUGACUACAUAGUGUUACAUUUGCCAUUUUACUGCUCAUUCACCCAGUUUAGAUAGGUCCUUUCAAAGCUCUUCCUCAUUUUUGUUUUAACUAUCCAGAUCAUUUUAGUACCAUCAACUCUAAAUAAUUUAUGAACAAGUUAAAAAGCAUAGGUCCCAAUAUCAGUCGUUGGGGAAUUUGCAGAAAUCUGCUUUGGCAAGUGUUAGGACAAUAAGUAAGUUGCAAUGAACAUAUGUGGAUUUAAUACAUUCACAAAAGUACAAUUUUCAGUGAGUAAACCAUACUAGUCCUGUUAUGAGUAUCAGAGUAUUUGACUAAACAUCACUGGCCCCAUUCUUCAAAAUGUUACAGUCUGCUUGGCACUAAAGAUCUGUUGUAAUUAAGGUCACACAGUGUUGCCUGUAUCAGAAUACAGAACCCUCUUUGUAUCCAGAUUUUCACGUGAAUGACAACUGAAUGUCCAAAUCUCACUUACAAUGAAAGAACUUAUAUUCUUGUGGAAGCAUUGUUGACACCAUUACCUGAUAUUUAGAAUGCUUGCUGGAGAGAUGGGGAUAGUGUUUAAUUUCUAAAGAAAGACAUCCAGGGACUCAUACCAUGAGUUUUAUGAGCCCUCCUCAACAGAGUGGGAAGGGUGAGGAAACUUGCUUAGUGGAAAGGAAAGGACGUACUGUGUGAGCUCAGGGACACUUUUAAUGUAUUCUAGUGGGUCAGUAGAAUUAUCUGUUGGCUUCCAAGUUUGAAGGCAAUUUGUUGUUCCUUCUGUAUCAAGAAAAAGAAGUUUCUGCAUGAUUGGGGAUGCCUGAACAGACCUAGUGUAAUAGUGAAUAUCAGAUACACAGUUUGGGUAUAGUGGCCAGUUUCCAAGACAUAAGGUAGCAUGACACAGUAUUUCUGUCAGCAAUAUAUAAAAUAUAUCUGAGAAAUGUGUCAGUCUCAUCUUUAUCUUGUCUUGUAGCUCACAGAAGCUUUGUUAAAGGAAAGAGAUAAACAAGCAAAGUGGAAUGGAAUUCCCUUGCUCUUACAGAAGCUGUAUGAGAACAGUCAUCCCAACAGUGAUUUAUCCCAGUGCCAAGGCAUCUUAAAGGUAAUGUUUCUUACUAGCAGACUGAUGCAUGGAGCAGAAUCCAUUCUCAGUUUCCUCUGAUAUUUUAAGUCAAUUCAUAAGUUACGUGUUAGUCACAGAUUCUUUCAGUGGCCCCUCAAAUGCAUGUGUUUAGCUAUUUCCAUCCUGUGCAUAAUUAUAUGGACUGCUAUCAGAGCCCUCAUUUGUUGUCUCCCCCACUCCCAGCUAAACCUCCUCAAAGCUUUAAGCUUUCUUCGUACAGAAGAUUCUCCAACCCUUUUUUUUCCAGAAGAGUAAAAAGGAAUUGAGUAUCAAGUUCUGCUCAUAUAAAGUGAAUUUCAACAAAUGUGUUUCACAUAUUUACUUAGAAAUCAUUUCUUUUCCCAAUCUUGCAUGUUUGGCAUUUCAGACUACAUUGAUAGAAUAAUUAAGUUUGUUCUGUUUUCUGAUAUCACAUUUAGCUGCUGAUGCAGUGAAUUAAUCUGUAUUUGUAUAUUUUUUGAUGAAAUCGGCUAUCUGGUGCUGCAAAUUGAUGUUUUGAAAAUCUCAUAAGUACCCUCAGUAACCUUCUGCAACUACUUUGAAUAAUAUGCUUUGAUAUGAAGUAUCUCUCAGUACUUGCAACUUUAACUUUUGUUCCCUGCCAGGAGAUUUCUCCCCUCCUUUCAAUGGAAGCUAUGGCAUUUGUCACAGAAGAGAGAAAGUCUGCUCAAGAAUCCACUUUUCCAAAUACAUACACAUUUGACUUAUUUGGAGGAGUUGAUGUAAGUGGUUUCUACUUUUUUUAAAAAAAUGCUGUAGCAUAUUGUCAAAUACAGUAACUAACACAUUGAGUGAGGCAUUGGUAGUAGGAAUAAUUAAAUACUAAUACUCUUGUUCAAGACAAUAGUACAGCCAUAGGAAGGUUUGGUUACCCAAGAAAGCCAAAUUUAAAAUGUAAGGAAGGGAUUCUUCAUUACAAUAGGAAUAUUGUGUUUUUGGAGACUAAAGUAACUUGGCCUUUUGGCUUAGAAAAUGAAGGCUUAAGAGAAAACACAAUUUCACUCUACAAGUUGAAUAAACAGUCACAGGGUGCAACUUUAACCAAGGUUAAAGUUAUGUGAUCUUGGUGUGUUUCUUCCAUUCUUUUGGAUUAGGGGGGUGUAAAGCAGCAUGGAUCUGCAUCACUUUAUUGGAUGCUAGGAAGGAAUCUCCCUCAAUCAGACUGAGUAUCACAAGGAACGGGAAUGUUUUCUCUCUAGCAGGAAUGACUAACUAGCAGUCCAUGGGGUACUUGUAGCAUCAAGAGAGGUAAAGAUGGAGGGCACCAAUACAGAAAAUCAGAAGAAACUUCUAGAGUUGAGAACCUUGGCCCUCUGGGUUUUUUCAGACUACAACCCCACAGUGUUAGAAACUGAGAUAUGAAAGCUAAAUGGCAAGUUAAACCUAGGUUAUGGGUGCAACAAUGGAAUAUCUAGGUGUGUUCUUUUUAUAACAAGAAUUCCGAAGCUGAAAAUGAAUUAACUGCAGCUAAAAUAUUAUGUUCAUUUUUUACAUGGUCUAGUCCUUCACCCGCUCCCCCCAUAUAUUCUUAAGAGGGUCUCUUCUCCAGUCUUCAGAGAGUAGCUGGAAGUGGGGAGGCAGAAAUAUGUCCCCCUUUCCUUCUACUCUGCAGUUUUAAUCUGAAAUCUUAGGUGCAGUACUGCACCCAGAGCUCAGAAAUUGCUCACUCUAGUGAAAUUCCCUAUCACAAAAUGUGCCUAGAACAGUGGGAGUUUUGAACACUGCAACUCCAACAAUCCUUGAUCAUGCUUAUAAUCUGGAGGGCCACAGGUUCUGCACCCCUGCUGUAAGUGGCCCUAGAAGUGUGUGACUUAUUUCACCCAGUAUAUUUUGAAGUAAGACUCUUCAUCAGAGGCACUACUUUUUUGUUGUUGUUGCAAGGUAAAUGCGUUCUAUAUUAGGCGUCUCAUAACCUGACUGGCCAACUGUCCUUCAGCAUUUCAAAACGUUUAUGGGGCACCCAUAAUUUCAGUGCUAAGAAAGUUGAGGGUUGUCAUGGCUCAGAAGUGAUAUUCAAUCUUCUUGAGAGUCAUAGGAUCCUGACGUAUAUAAUUAAUACUUAGCCUCUUGAAUCCAGUAUAUUAAGUACAAAGUGUCUAGUUUCCUUUUGCAUAUUUCAUAACCAAAUCUUUAAUCUUAAUAAAGCUUCCAUUUAGUGGGAGGCUGGCUCUGGCAAUGGAACCCCUUGUCAAUAUAUGAGUGGCCGUAAUGAAUGGGUCUGUGAUAGAGCUGACUAAAAGUUGUCUAUAAAUUAAACACAAGGUCAUAGUUAAAAGCUUGGAGAGCAACAUGUCUGUAUCUUAUAGAUAAAUUUAGAAAAGCACGUUCUUUUAUUACUACAGAAUCUUAAUAGCUAGCUUGAACUAAUAUUGAAACUAAGCUAUUUCACACUAAAAUAUGGAGCUGCCUACUACAUCAAAAUCUUUUAAAUCCUCUUCCAAGUUCAAUGGGAAGUUACAAAAACCUUUUGUCUGUAUAAGCUACAAUUUUACAACUAAUAUGCGCAAAGACUGAGUAGUGAUGCCGGUUGAUAUAACGUCUUGAUCAGAUAAGCUACAGGCAGCGCAGAUUUUGCUUUUAAGUAGCCUAUAGCUUUUAAAAGUGGCAAUGUAUUCAACUUCUAUGCAGCCUUCACAAGGAGAGGCCACAGGCAUAUAUUAUAGAGUCCUGUCCUCCUUAGUGAUAGAGGGGUGGUUCGUGGUCCAGUCCUGUAUGUUGUGCUAUACAAUUGCAUCCUGGGCCACUACUGAAAGAAUAGACUGGAUGCCAGCCCUGAUUCUUGCUCUGGGAAAGCACCAGCUAUUGGUGCUACUGUGUCAACUGAUAGGGAGGACAGGGUGGCUUCCAUAAGGUGCAGGAAUGUGCAACGGCCAUUUUCAAGGGCAGGAGGUGCCCCAUAGUCCUAGAGAUAGCUUUGCUACAAUUGUCUGGAAUGUUUUCUGGGUGACAUUGUUUCCUUUUACAAUAGUUGCUUUUGUCUUUUUUAACCCCUUAUCAGUCUUAUCCCAAGUCUUUCUUUGAAAUGGAAAAGAAGGGUAAUAUAAAAGGGUGUGUGGGGUGAAUAAAAGUAUCCAUUCUUUUUAAUUCACUUGACUUAUAUUUAUGUAAGUGUGUUACUGUAUUGAGUUUUCCCAGUGUGUAUAUUCAGUAAAUAUUAGUAAGUAUAUGUGUAUCUUUAAAAUAUUAAUACAUGGCAGGGGGAAAGCUUGCCCUGCAAAUGUAAAGAUCAGUAGACUAUCCAUGUCCUCUGCAAAUGGCAUUGCCUCAGAAGGGGAGAAAUGUUGUGGGAACUUUGCACCAACUUUGCAGCAUGCACGAACGUACUUCUCAUUCACAUUAAAACUAUAGUUUCUUUUAAAAUGUCAUUGCAUUGCUCUUGAAAUAUGACUAUUGUUUUGAAGAGAAGCAUAGUAAAGUAGGACACUGGAUGUUUUGUGCAGUACAAUAGAGCGGAAUUGUCGUUUUUUAAAGUAGUUUGCUUUAAAUUUCAAUAUAGCCCAAAAAUUAGGUGCAUUUUUUAUUAAAAUGCAUCUAUAUAAAGUUAUUAUGUAUCUAAUUUUCACAGCUUCUAGUAGAAAUACUUAUGAGACCAACUCUUAUUACACAAAAGAAGAAGCAGAAAAGUAAGUCAAUAAUAUACUUCCUUCACCAAACCUUGUUUUGUUUCCUUCUCUUCUCGUGUCCUGAUAAAAUAAUUGGUCACUAAACCAAGUACUGGUGGCAAUACUUGUUUGCUAACAUUGUGUGUGUGUUUUAAUGAUGUAUGAAAAUGAAAUUUUACCACACAGUUUCUUAACUUUUAUGGUUGCAGAGGUGAUAAAUGCUGGUAAACCAUGUUUGUUUAUAGGAUUAAAUACUGCACAAUAAACAAAGUAUAUAGGCAGUGAACAUAGCACAUCCAUAAAACAUCAUUAGACUACUUAAUAACAUCUGGAUAGUGAUGCACAAUAACCAGUGUUUUAGAGGACCCGCUCCCCAAACCCUGGAGGCAAGCCCAAGUCUUGUUGGGUAGCAGUAGCCAAAUGACCAGAAUUAAACACCAACCACUGUCAUCACUCCUGUGAGUCCACCAGUUUUGGCUAGGAAAAUCACAGAGCUUUACAGAACGUCACCUAAGAUUUGAGAAACAAAAUACUAAGAACCAGAUUUUCUGUUCCAACAAUACAUAAGCCUCCAGGAAGUUAUUCAGUAGCAGUUUGUCUGAGCAGCCAAGUCCAUGGAUUUAGUUCUAGAAAUCUUACUCAGAAGAACGCACAGGAAAUAGGUGAAGUAGAUUUCUUAAAAAUUAAAUUAAAAAUAGCUUUUUUAAAAAAAUAGACUCCAGUAUCCCAGUGAAAGUAUAAGAAAAAACCAUUGUUAAGACUACAGUUGUGAAUUACAAGACAGGAUACAAAGCAACAAAAGCUAGCUUUCUUAGGCUAAUACAAACAAUAUCAGCAAAGGGACCAGCGCUGCUUACUUAUAAUAAUAGGUACAGAGUUUCACAAUCCAGACAAGCUAAAUGCCCUUUCAUUUAGAAGCAAGGCUAGAAUCACGUGGCAUAUAUAUAGGCUCAUAAGGUAAUAAAAGGAAGUCAAAGUCUCACAGUUUCUUGUUUCAUGUGGUGUUCAGAACAGGAAUAUCACAUGAUAUCUGCAGUAUUUCUGUCAGCCAUAUAAACUUGAUGUGAACGGAUUGCCUACCUGCCCUAAUAAUAGUUGUCGUUCCUCUGUGUGUUCAACUUCGAUCAGAUCUCAUUUUUAUUGGAUUUUAGCAGCUGAGAUACUUGCUGGAUUUUUUCAUUUGGGCUGUUAAAUAGUGUGGUGACGUAUGUCUUUGUUUGUGGUUGAUUGUUCAGGAAGCAUUAAUCAGUUUUUUCUAUUGCAGUAAGCGAUGACCUCAUCAAGGAUUGUUUAAGCAUAUUGUACAACACUUGCAUAUGUGUAAGUUAUAUUUUCUGUUCUGUCAAUAAUUUUUGUUUUGUGAUACAGCUAGGUUUAGGGGAUUCUUGGUCUGACAGAGAAAAACAUUCAAAGCAUUAAAUCAAUGUUGCAUGCUGCAAUAUUCUUGAUGCUAAAAUUUCUAUUGCAUUUCACAAAUUGCAGUGUAGCAAACCUGUUGCUGCUUGCAUUUUGUCUAAACAUCUUUUAAAUAAGGACUCAUUGCUAUUUAUUGCUGAAGUGUUUUAAGCCUUAAUGCAGUGGCUUGCUGUGGGAAUCUUGGUCAGCAUUCCCUGUUUAAAACUCUUUUCAGUUAUGUAUGCUUUUUAAAUUUUAUUCUGGAACUGUAUGAGUCAUUUUAUGUUAGUGGUAGUAUUUGGACUGGUUUUUUUAAAAAAAAAUAGAAACUUUUUAUCAAUGUAAAAUUAGUGUUGAAAACUAGAGUUGAGUUCAUGACAUUAAAUGUUGCAUGAAAACAAACCAAUAAUUCCUGUCAUUCACAUUACAUUUGUAUGCAUUGACAAGACUAUUGGAUACUUUACUUAGCUGGUAUGCACUUUUAUACUCACGUCAUUUGAGCAGCCUAGCUUUCCCUGUUGAGAAUUUAUUGCUCUUUUACUUAAAGGCAAAGAAAGCUGGAAAGGUUCAGAAUCCUAUGUGGAAGGAAGGCACUUUUCUCCAUUCCUUUUUUAAUUUCCACUUUGCUGCCUCCUGGGAGAGCUCUGUUUUUCUAUAUUAUUUUAAAAUUAUAUGUGAUGUUUGUCUCAGCAGUGUUAGCUUUUGCUCAUGUGUAUAUGUGGUUUCUCAUUAUUGUAGACUGAAGGAGUCACUAAACGAUUGGCAGAAAGAAAUGAUUUUGUAUUGUUCUUGUUUACAUUGAUGACAAAUAAAAAGACAUUCCUGCAAACAGCCACCCUAAUAGAAGACAUCCUGGGAGUAAAAAAGGUUUGUUGAUAAUGUAGCCUAUACCAUCAUGUUCUCAUUUAAUCUUGAAAACUCUUUAACAGCUUGUAAGUAGAAGUCCCUUCUCAGUUCAGUAACUGGAAAAAAAAUAUUGUAUCCUAAAUGGAAAAAGCCAUAUUACUUGCUCCUAACCUGUCUUUCCUUUGUAAUGUUUAAGAGUAUCUUGGCAGCACCUCUCCUAACUGUAAAAUGAAAUUUUGGGAAGGCAUCAUGUAAUAGCAAGGCUGGGUACUUUUUAUUGAGCCUGCUGAAGUGAGUCCCCAUUAUACAUCUCUGCAUGCACUGCUUUGCUUACCCCAUUCACGCCUUAGCUUUCUGGUCUCAAAUAAAGUAAUGUUGUGGGUAGCACUAUGGAUACUGGAAUUUACAAAGAAAAUGGUGAAGCAAGUGUGUCCAGAGAAUAGUGACUAGGGUGGUGUACAGGGUCUGGAGGGACAGUUGGAAAAUGGGUAGGUUUGGUGUGGAUAAGAAAAGGUUAAGGGGAGACAUGUCUGCUGCCUUCAAAUACCUGAAGGGCUAUUGCAUGCAUUGUUUUUUGUUGUUUGAGAGCUAAGAGCUGUUGGACAGUGGAAUGGACUGCCUUGGGUGGUGGUGGGCUUGCCUUCAUUGGAAAUAGUUAAGCAGAAGCUGGGCAAGCAGUUGUUGGGGAUGCUGUAUUUAAGUUCUGCAUUGCAGAUCCUUCUUUGAUUAGGAAGUUGGAUUAGGUGAUCUCCAAGGUCUCUUCUGAUUCUGAAAUUCUGUGAUUCAAUUUUUUUAUCAUGAGCUUGGAAAUGCAUUUAUUUAGCACUUAAGUUUUAUCAGCAGAUUUAAUUAGAUCUCCCUUUUCCCAGUUAAAAUAAUAGCCGAGGCUUUCAAGAGAGAAAGGGGGGAGUUUUUAAAGAUGAGACAUUAGUUCCUGACCCCCAUUAUGUUUGCUAUUUAAACCGUAUUUGGGUUUGCACAGAGACAAAUAUAGCAUAAAGGUAAAUGCUAUUAUUUAUUUGUAGUACACAAGCUAAAAACUUUGGAUGUAACGUUUCAUGAAACUUGUACACUUUCAGGAAUCUGAGGAAUUUACUUAUGUUCUCUAACUUGUGAGAUUAGUUGUCAGUUGCUAUCAAUACUUUUCAGCAUUGUGCCAUUUUAAAAAAUUGCUUAGCAAAGAGUAAUUUACCAGUUAUAAUUUUAAAAUAUGUUCCCAAAGGUAUAAUUCAUUCAAAUUAAAAUGAGAUACAAGAAAUAGAAGGAAAACCAAGAAGCAGGGGACUGCAGCCAGUCUCAUUUUAUACCCUGCACUCUCAUAAAUGCACAGAUGUCCUUGAGACUCUCAGUUUCAUUAUAAGAUAACUCUGCAAAUUGUUUAAGCUAGAAGCAUAUUGCAAAACUGUUCUUUUCAAUAUUCAGUAUUAUUAUUUUAGCUGCUAGUGCUAAAAGAAUUAAAUUCUUUUAAUUUUCUAGAAGUCCAGAAAGUGGGGAGGUAGCUUCAUACCCCCAUCUAAUUAAAGAAAAAUAAUAAAUUAUUCCUGCAAUUAAUAAUUUCCAGCCAAUCGGCAUGGAACAAUAUGCAGUUUUGUGGUGAAGUACAGUAUAAUUUGUGGACUGUUUAUUAAUGUUAAUAAUAUAUCAGAAGUAAGUGUUGAUAACUGCUAAGAGGGUCUGCCUUUGCUGCUGUGCAGCAUGAUCUCUCAAGGUUGUUGUAUGGCCCAACUAAUACAUUACUUAGAUAGAAUAGGAGCCCCUGGAAAACUGUUCUCCUAUGAUAGGCUUCCAUGUUGCCUAGGUAAAGUAUUCUGUUCCCGCCCCAACUUGUCAAGGUUGAUAGCAACAGCCCCACAUGAUCAGAACUUCUGUACUUUGCUGGGGUGACUCCUUUGUACAGACGUAUACAAAACAUUAGAUCCAUUUUAAGUACUUGCUAUACAGAAUCUAAUGAGCCACAUAGCAAGUAAUAUAAAAAGUAAAACGGUUACAGUAAGCCCACAACUUGCAUGCAAUUUACUUGUGCCCAUUCAGUUUUACAUGCUUGGCAGAAAAAUAUUUUUUUUCAAUAGAAAGGGGGUGGGUGUCUGGGAAAUCCCAGCUGCCAUUGAGCUCAAUGUGUUUUGACUAGAUGUGAUUUUUGGCUGUAGGCAUGAUCCCUGUAACAUAGCCCCACAUAAAUUGCAGACUUACUGUAGUUAUGUUAAUGUUCUUCAGAGUGGUAAAUUAAGAGAUUCCUAUCUCUAUGUAAUGCCCUAUCUAGGAGUUUGCCAAAAAGUGUUAAGUGAGGUGAGGACAGAGGUGCACACCAGCUCCUUUUCAGACCUUCAGCUGAGUGCAUCUUAGGUUCCUGACUGCAAAUGCACUUUGAAUUGAAUAUUAAUGCAGUUAGACUCCUUGUAAAUGGGAGCCCUGGUUUCCCUAUCAGUAUUCUAAGCACAUUCAGCUGAAUAUGUUCAGGAUUCCCCUUUGUCUUAGGGACAAAAUGAAGUGCAGGUUAGCAUGUUUAGGGACAUUGAGAUCAGUGCUGCCUUUCUCCACUUCUAGCUAGUGGUUUCAGAUGGAGAUCAGAAUAGGCUUUUAAUCUGCAAGAAUCUUGGAAAUAAUAUCUUUGCUAAAAAAAAAUUAAAAAUCAUCUAUGGGUCACUGGCAGUCAGCAUAUCACUUGUCAUGUUUUAGGAAAUGAUUCAGUUGGAGGAUAUUCCAAACCUCUCCAGUCUAGUCUCUAGCUUUGACCAACAGCAGCUUGCAAACUUCUGCAGGAUCCUUGCAGUUACAAUUUCAGAACUGGACACAGGCAGUGAUGACAAACAUACACUUCUUGCAAAAAAUGCUCAGCAGAAAAAGAACAUGGGUCCUUCUCGGGCGGAAAUUAAUCAAGGUAAAGCAUCCUGUUUCUGAAAGUAAUAUGUACUCAAAUUGAUAUGUACUCAGUUAAAGUAUUUUAAGAUGGAAGUAAACUUGAUUUCAUUUGGAUUUCUAAUAAUAGUUCUUCCAUCAAUUUAACAUUUGUUAAUCCUGUUUGCUUCUUGUCAUAGCUGCACUCCUCAAUAUACCAGGCUUCAUUGAACGACUGUGUAAACUAGCAACCAGAAAAGUUUCAGAAACAACAGGAACUUCAAGUUUCCUUCAAGAAUUGGAGGAGUGGUACACCUGGCUAGAUAAUGCACUUGUACUUGAUGCACUAAUGCGUGUGGCAGGUGAAGAGACAGAGCAAAGCAGCACAGGUACCUGCUUUUAAAUUUACUAGAACAGCCAUUUAAUAAUCUGGUACCUUUAUCACCUGUAGAUCUGCGUGUGGCCUUGUCUUGCACUGUACUCUUGCUUUGACAUUUUCGUACUGGAAUGGAAGCAUGUGUGCAGCAGUCCCUAAAGACUGAAAAGACUUGUGCAAAUACCUCAGGAUGGUGUAUUCAGUUUCUGCUACAUUGGAGAAACUUAACAUCUUCUCAUUUCCUACAUUUUUGUUGCAUUGAUAACUAUUAUAUAACUACCUCCUUGCCCUUUUUUUUGUCUUUUAGAAUCUUCAGAUGAGAGUGGAUUUGCCUCUACUUCACCAAGGAAUCAACUUCCACAGACCAUGAAGAUUAUGCAUGAGAUUAUGUAUAAACUGGAAGUUUUGUAUGUCCUCUGUGUGCUUUUAAUGGGCAGGCAAAGGAAUCAGGUAAGAUUCUGCAUCAGAAGUAUAUAGUGAAUUGCAAGCAGUGGCUCUGAAAAUUCAAAUGGGGGUCCAGCUAUUUAAAAUCCUACAAUCUUUUCAAACUCUAGACCGCUAAUAAUCUUAUCUUGUAGGAAAUGGAUGCUUGUUGAUUCAUGUAUCUUGCACAGUGAUCAGCUAUAAGGUUUUUGGUUGGUGAUCUAGUAAGAAUUUAAUUUGUAUGUGCCUUUAUGUACUUUUCCAUUUGGCAAGUACUUUGCAUUAAGAUAGGCAGCAGUUAAGGCACCCUGCUUUAUGCAAAUACUUUGAAAUGAGGCUUUUAGCUAAGGAAGUCCAUGCCAUGUUUUAUGCCAGUCUAUUUUGGGAUCAACAAACUCACACUAAAAAGUUUCACUUUAAAUUUUGAAAUUUGGUGCAUUAUUGAAAACAAGUAGAUUAAAAUGAAGGGUGCAGCCACUGCAGAAGCAUUCUUGAAACAACAUUUUCUUCAUUCCUAUUCAUUCCUGUGGGGUGUGCAGAAUAGAAAUCUCUAAUGGAUAUUGCUGGAUAUUGAAAUAUAUAUUUUUCAGAGUUAAUUUUUUGUGUGUGUGUGUGUGUGUAGAUUAUGAGUUUUAUAUUUAUAUAUAUAAUGGGCUAUAUUUUGUGGGGAGAUGGGGGAGCUUUAAAGAAUAAACUGGCACAGUUUAUGGAAGAUCUUAAAACAAUAUACCUGUAGUGAAUAUACCUGAUCAUUCUUCUUGCCUAGGUUCACAAGAUGAUUGCAGAAUUCAGAUUGAUCCCUGGCCUUAAUAAUUUGUUUGAUAAAUUGAUCUGGCGGAAGCAUUCAGCAUCAGCCCUUGUUCUGCAUGGGCAUAAUCAAAACUGUGACUGUAGCCCGGUGAGUAUUAGGUUUAAGCUGCUGCAUAGAGUAUGUUCUUUUGAAAUGGCCCUUAAGAGCUCAUAUGUAAUAGCUGUUAAUAAUGUUGAUAGCUAGCCUCUUCAGUUGUUUUUCAUACUAGUAUUUUUUUCUGAUUGCAAUGGUAACAGCAUCACUCUCUAAAAUGGCUUAAAUAUUUUUUAAAGCCUGGAAGUCGUGAGUUGAUGUUUCUACCAGUCUGCUAGGAAGGAUAUUCUGUAAUGUUUCUUAUAAAAUAAAUUCUCAACUUCUUUCUUCUGUAGGAUAUUACAUUGAAGAUUCAGUUUUUGAGGCUACUUCAGAGUUUUAGUGAUCACCAUGAGUGAGUAUAGAAUAUGUUUGCCAUAAACUUUGUGGUGGCACUUCAUGUAUUGCUGAAUUGAUGGAACAUCAUAUUUGAAGUAACUCGGAUAAUUUAGAACCUCCUCAAAAGUAACAUACAAAGAAUAUGUAAUAGUUUUGAUCAUGUUUUGCUGUUACACUUCCAAGAAGUGAGUGAAAAGAUAUUGGGAGGUAUCUGUAAAGCACAUUUUGGGAGAGACUAUUCAGUGGCUGCCAGCAUGCAAGGGACCAAAAAAUGGAAUACAGCUGUUUAGACUAGUUUUGUCAGAGGACACUUUCAAAGGCACUAUGCGCAUGAAUUUUGAGAUCUUAAACAGAUUGUCCCAAAUCUAAACUUAUAUUUAGGGCAUUCUUUAUCAAAAAGUUCAGGGGGAAAGGAACUGGAAUUGUGAAACUUGGCCUUCUGCUAUUUUAGGAAUUCCUUUUUCACAAUUUCCUUUAAUAUGACCGUAUUCAGCUAAAUAAUUACGCAAGCAGAAUGAUUCCUGCUUGCGCAACAGAAGUUUGCCCCCACACACACACACACCAUCCCCAAAUCUGUUCUAAAGUGUUGGGGGGAAACCCCAGAACAGGGGGAGAUGGGGGAAGGGGAGACAUUAUGUUGCACAAGCGGAAGUCAUUCUGCUUGUGCAAGGAACUACCUAAUGCUACUUUGAAUGCAACAUGUAAUUUAUUCUGUGGGUUCAUUCUAUGGAUUCUCAGGGCUCAAACCCAAAUUGUGAGAUUAUUUGUCCAAUAUAGAGUUAAGUUUCUGUAAAACUGAAUAGAACCUUGAUACCACAGAAGAACCAGCAUAGUUGUGUGCAUUUUUGCAAAGGGAAUAUAGAUGAUGCAUUAAAGAAUCAAUGUUUGUAAUCACUCCUUCUGUCCUGAUUUUUAUAAUAGGAACAAGUAUCUGCUUCUAAACAGCCAAGAGCUUAAUGAACUGAGUGCAAUAUCCCUCAAAGCCAACAUCCCUGAAGUAGAGGCAGUUGUCAACACAGACAGGUAGAGAGAAGUGCAUGUAUGUUUGUAUCAUUUGUUCUUUCUGAAAGUAUGGCAAGUAUCCUGUUUUACCAGGCCUGUCUCUUGAACCCUUGCAAUAAGUUGGGUUAUCUCUAACUUUGUUAGUAUGUUGAACUAGCAAAAACGUGAAUCACUCACACAAUGCAAUGGCAUCUUUCUGAAGUGUAUAUUGGACAUCUGGGUGGGGCCACAUAUGCCCUUUAGGGAUAGCUUGCAGUCCUUUACAAUCUGCUUCUACCCCUAAAGCCAACUCUGUCCCUUUUGAGGCAGAACUUAGGUCUGUUUAUUCAGACCUGUGAACACUUAGCAGCCAAUGUUGGCUGGAGAGUGAAUGCAUAAGCGAUGGAUUUUGAGAGUGGAGGUUGCAAAUCAUAGGUAAUUUUGAUAACUGAUGGGAACAUUCAUGGGAAGCAGGAAAAGGAUCAAAUAGGACUUCAUAAGGAAUUUAAUUAGCAUAUUUAAAGUAUGCAUACACUUAUACAAAUGAACAUAUUUAUUUAUAUAAUGCCCUUUAUACCUAUAUUUUUGCUUAAAUAUUUGUUACAUACAAAUUCCAAAUUGGGUCACGCUGACUUCCUAGUGAAUUGCUGCACAUUCUGUUUAUGAAUGUAGCUUGUGCAAUGCUUUAUGUUACCCCGUUUGAGGUAUGGGACAUUCUUUCCAUCUAAGAGGGAACAAGUUUCACAGCUUCACCCUUUUCAUAGAAACAACAGAUUGAGUUUGUGGGCAAUAGCAGCAUACAUUAUUUUUUUUAAAAAACAAAACAAGUAGUAGCAAGAUGUGGUCCUUACUGCCCCCUUUCCAAGCUAUUUGGCCUGGAAAAUAAAAUUGCUGUAGAUGUCAGUUUGAAGGACAAAGGUGCAAGCAAAUGGACUUCAACUCUCAGAUUCCUAACAUUUGAGGAUUCAUGGGACUGAUUAUCGUUCAUUUGCCUAGCAGAGAGUUCAGUUGAUAUGGAAUGAUAAACCGGGUAAGGUGGCCUCUGUGUUUUAGCCACAAGCCAACACCAUUCUGCUUUUGCUUGUUUUCAUAACUUCCCUAUAAUUACACAUUGUGUAAUCUUGUACAUCUAGAGACAUCUGGAACAUAUAAGUAUUUCCAUAUUGGCUACCAAAAACUCCUGGGUGUAAUUUUAAAAAAUUGAACUAACAUCUGUUGGGUUAGAAUAUGCAAGUUCUGAGUUUGUACAGUUCUGAAUGCUGUGUAAUGGAAAAGUAACAACCCGUUCUUGUGCAUGUAAGCUCAGAAAUAUCCUACAUUCAGUGAGGCUUAGAUUUAGACUGUAGUCAUGUUUCAUUUUAUUCAUAAAAUAUAUACACCACUUGAUUACAAAAACAAAACAAAACCUCAAAGCUGUUUACAAAAAGCUAAAACAAUAAAAUUUGUAGUAUCUGUUUGUGUGAGAGAGCACAAGGUUUUUACAAAUGCAGGUUUUCUUCUUGGGCACUUAAGAUUCAAUCCCAUUGAAAAGGUUUUUAGAAUUACAAUAGAAAAUUCAUUCACCAGCAGGGGGUGUUAGACUGUAAUGUUCCAUGGAGUCACAGUAUGUCCAAAAUACACCAUCCAUUUUGAAAUGGUUGUAGCAUUGCAAAAGCUUGGCAUAGGUUUACUCAGGUAUUGCUGUAUAGAACUGCUAGAUAUUUUCUUAAUAAAUUCCCCUUCAACCCAUUGGUUUACUCAUUGUAAUUUCUCCCCAUGUUUUAGGAAUUUAGUCUGUGAUGGGAAAAGAGGCUUGCUGACCAGACUUCUUCAGGUAAUGAAGAAAGAGCCAGCGGAAUCAUCAUUCAGGUGGGCUCUGUUAUUACUACAUUAAGCAUAGUGUUCUGUUGUAGGAAAACUUGAUCUUCAGAGUCCAGAGAGAAAGUGGAUCCUUGCCAACUAUUUAAAAACUUCAGUUUUGAUUAGUUUUGUCCUUGAAUUGAAAAAAAGUGAGGCCAGCAGUGCUCAGGGAUAGGAGACCUUCUCUCAACAUGGUUUCUACCCUGCCCAUGACCUUAAAGUUGCCUAGUCUCCAAAGAUGUCUUAGUUGUUUAAGCUUUGAAUCCUAACUAGUGAUACACAUAAGGAAGAUCCACAUAUAUAGCCAGUUUUGCUUUGCUUUCCUUCAACUGUUCUCACUAUCAAAAGAGCAUGUCACAUAAAACUGUUUCCACUUUUUAUUUACAAUUAACCAGAUGUUUCUUUCUUAAUAUAAGGUGUUAAUUUUAUUUUAUGCACCAGGUUUUGGCAAGCCAGGGCAGUUGAAAGUUUCUUACGAGGCGCUACUUCUUAUGCAGAUCAGAUGUUCCUGCUAAAGAGAGGGCUCCUAGAGGUAUUCUAAAUGUUUACUAAAUACAUAUGUUUGUGAAGCAUGCUUCUAAACCCUUAAACCCUUGAUUUCUUAGAGAACAUGGAGUCUUUACUAAGAGUUAAUCAACUUGUUAGACAUUGUCAUAAUCUAGGGUUCAGUCCAAUCUUCUGAAGUUUGUCACUUUACUGUGCUCUGUGUCUCUGAAACACCACAGUUAUAAAUUAUCAGGCUUAAUCCCCUAGCAAGUCAAAACACCUUCCCGUAACAAGUAUAGGAAGUCAAAGCCAUUUUAUUUCUGCCUGCAGAAAGCAAAAUGUGAAGCUUAUUGUCUUUAUGGUAAUAUUUUUCUCCUUGCCAGCAUAUUCUCUACUGCAUUGUAGACAGCGAAUGCAAGUCACGAGAUGUGCUUCAGAGUUACUUUGAUCUUCUGGGAGAACUGAUGAAAUUCAACAUAGAUGCUUUCAAGAGGUUUAAUAAAUACAUCAAUACGGAUGAAAAGGUAAACCUAAACCCCCAGAGUCCCAAAUGAAUCCUCAGCCUUAUAAUAUAUUGGAUGCUGGCAAAGCCUAAUCACUCUACUUUUUUAGUUUCAGAUAUUUUUGAAUCAGAUCAACAGCUCACUGGUUGAUUCCAACAUGCUGGUUCGUUGUAUUACUUUGUCUCUAGAUCGAUUUGAGAGCCAGUCAGAUAUUAAAGGUAACUUUGUGGUCUGUUCUGAGACCAAGAAAUUGUUUUUAAAAUAUGGGCUACUGUGUCUAUAACCAUCAGGGAUGUGGUGGCUUCUGAAAAUCCUUUUGGAAUUAUUGGGUGCAAUGAUUGGUUCCUGGUCCAUGGCAAGCAGGUACAUACAGGGUCUGGCUUUUUCCCCAUGCUGAUUAGCAGUGGCAUAUUUGCUGCACAGCCAGCAACUUCAGAAAGAUUUUCAGCAGCCACUAAGGCUUAGAUGAGUUGAUGAUAACAAACAGGUAAAACUCCUAGUAUCUGUUCACAAUAGAUAAGCACCCAUUGUUGCUACUGCUUCUGUUUUUGUCUGAGUUUCUUUGAAGUUAAAAAAGUGGUAAUUUUAAUGGGCACUUCAUGUGGUUGCUUUUCUCAAUUAACGAACAGUGGUUAGAAACAAAUAUUGGCAAAGCUGUUAGUCCUUUCAAAAAUGAUUCUUGGCUCAGCUCUUUCAACCUAACAAAUGGCUUGUCUCCUACAGUGGCAGAAGUCCUGUCUGAGUGCCGCCUGUUAUCCUACAUGUCACAGAUGUCCAUGAGGAUGUCCUUCCUUUUCCGGCUUAUUAAUAUUAUUCAUGUACAGACGCUCACACAGGUAAAAAGCUGGCACUGGCACUGAUCUGCCAUGGAGCAUGUGUAAAUAGAUUUUGUAUCCAAUGUGAUGUUUUCCUUUAAGUUCCUAACCUGUUGGACUCUUGUGUUCCAUAAAUGGACUCUGGGAAUAUCUGUUAGUUUGAGCCUUUUAUAUUUUUUAUCCUUAUUUUCUUUACUAUAGGAAAAUGUAAGUUGUCUGAACACAAGUCUAGUUAUCUUAAUGCUGGCCCGAAGGAAGGACAAACUUCCCUUCUAUCUUCAGACACUGCAAGAGAUGGAAUACACCAAGAAAUACCCUGGAUUUAUCCUGAAUAAUUUUCACAGUCUUCUGCGUUUCUGGCAACAGCAUUACCUCAAUAAGGACAAGGACAGCACCUGCUUAGAAAAUGUAUGUCUGUUCCAGUUGCUUUGGAAUAUGCUUUUUAUAUUUUGUAAUUGCGGCCCAGUGGGGAAAGAGUAAAAGAGAUAGAUGAUGUAAUGACAGUGCUAAGGCAGUGUAAUACAACAGCAACAUGAGUGUCAGGGUGUAUUUUAAGAAUAUGCGAGAAUUGAACACUCUUAGGUGGCUGUGUUGGGCUCUCAACAAAACUAAAGCAUUUUUUGGUUAUUGUAAGUGUCGCAGUUUCUUGGUAAGCCAGAACAGACUGUGUGCUGCCACAGAAACAUUCUGCUUCCUCAGAUGCAGGCUACAUCUGCAUUGAAAAAGUGAGAACUCAUGUUUUGUGUAGGUGGAUCUAAACUGGACUGAAUUUCUUAGCUAUAGUAAAACAGUGCUUUCUAUGUACCUAUGCAUUUGGUCCAUGUUAAUUUGAAGCAAUAGCCCAGCAUUGUCUGGUACUUUAUAUAGUAACUAACACACACACACAUACAUACAUCCACACACACACACACACACACACACACACACACCAUGAUUAGCAUGGAAAUGCUUAUGCUGUUUUUCUUGGCCAGUUGUGGCAUAACAUUUUUCCAUUGGAAGGCAGUUUUUAUAACUUUUUAUAGUAAAAUACAUAUGGAAAACAUUAUAAUUUUGGUCUCCCUGGAGACAUCUGGCCGAUUACUGGAUGGGGGAUGUCCUGGUUCAGGCCAGAAAGAUUGUUGUGCUACUGGGCUAAAUUUAAAGUUUCACUUGUUGGCAUAUAAAGCCCUAAACAGCUAGGAACCAGGCUGUCUGAAAGAUCGCCUUUGCUGCCUGUCCACUGCAGUUAUCUGUGGUGCCAUGUGUGCUGGAGUUUUGUUUCAUGGUAACUCAGAAGUCCUUCAGCACAGGGGCAUCUGUCUUGUGGAAUACAACAUCUGUCAAAAUUAGGCAGGCUCCAACAAUUGGUUUAUAUGCUAAAAAAACUACUUCAGUGGCUUUUCCCAGAUUUGAUUCACGGGCAGUAUCAGAUUUUUUUGUGGGGGGCAUUAUAUUUAUUAUACAUUGCUGUGAUAUUUGUUCAUAUUCAGCAGCUUAUUUGGAAAAAUUAUGAAAUUUAUAAAAAAUUAUAAAAUGGUCAUACUGAUUGCAGAAUUUCUGCAUUCUAAGAAAAUUUGCUUUCCUUUCAAAAGAACAUGCUCCUGAAAGAAGACUGGUCUAAGUUGCUCUGAAUUCAAUUUGAAUUCCUAGUUUCCCUGUGUUUGAUAAUGGGUGGGGCCAACAUGAAGUUUCUGUUCUUGGUAGCAAGUUAGUUGCUAGAUACAGCUGCAUUUUAGUGGUACUUGCUGUUGUGCUGUAGCAUAAACUUUUUUUUCUACCUUCUUUACAGAGUUCAUGUAUUAGUUUUUCCUACUGGAAAGAGACUGUAUCUAUACUGCUUAGCCCAGACCGGACAUCACCUUGUGCCAUAGUUAGCUACAUUGACGAGGCAUACAUGGACAUGGACAGAGAUUUUGCCGAGGAGUAAUUCUUCAGGCUCUGGCUUCCAAUGGACUGUGCUUCAGAGGGAAUCUUGCAGACAAUGGAUUUUCAGGGAUAUGCUGUGUGCACAAACUUGGAACUAUGGAAUGUUACCAUGUUAAAGUUUUCUCUCUCCAUCCCCUGCUCUCAGCACUGUUUUGAAGAGCAAGACAUCACCAACUUCCUAGUCAACAUAUUCAGGGAAUGCUUGUGUUCUGUCCGAAAUUGUCUGCAAAAAGCCCAGUCUUUUCUGCUCACUGUGGCUAGAAUCCUUUGAGUUUGAUAGAUGGGAUCUUUCAGAUGUGCAGUUAUUAGCUGUGGCUUUUUAUCCUGGCUACCAGAAUUAGAUGUUAAAAGUGCAGGCAAUUUUUUGGGCCAUCCAAACAAGCCGAUUUUUAUGAGCACGCCAGAUGCACACCAGCCACAUUUAAGCCACUUUUAAAAGUUUCUAUUUUUAUUGCUUUUUCCUUUGCAUUGGGAUAUAGAACUGAUUGUGUGUGUAUUUUGUUUUUAAAUUCUUGGAGAUAAUAGCUCUCUUCACUUCUUUGCAAACUACUUUGGGAUUGUCUCCUACAAAACUUGUGUCCAAACCCCUUAUUUUAUCUUGUUGUGGUAUUGCAUCCAGAAGUAUCUCUCUCCGUUCUGUGGAAAUCUCUUGUCUUCAGCUGAUUUUACAGUGUGGUCUAGAACAGGCAUACAUUGUGGUGAUGGGGUUAGUCUUGGGAGCCUAGCUUUGACUAGGCACUAAUGAAUUGAAAUUAACUGAUUUCCCCCACUCUAAAUAUUGCAGCCUGACCAUUUUGUCAAUAAAUAACCAACUCAAGUUGAAAAUUUAUUCUGCAGUCCUGCUUUGGCUGACCAUAAAAUCCGCUCUUGAACUUUUGCUAUUUGGAAACCUAACACUCUAGGCUAAAAUAGCAAAAUUAACACCUUUUAUUCCAAUUGUGUAUAUAUAUUUAUUUAUUGUUCCUGAAGUGUAAUAGGUACUGGAAUUGGCUGAUCUUCUCCUAAUGAUACAUGUAUUAAAUGCUGCCCAGUGAUUUUGGUUUGGGGACAAAUUGCUCAACAAUAUCUGAGUUUGCUCUUGUAACUGCUGGCAUUUAAACAAGUCACUUGGAAUAUAAGCUAAUAUUUGAAGUCAGAAACUUUCUGAACAUUCUUUUCAUUACUGUGCUAAAGCACUUUAAGAAGCUUUAGCAGCCCUUUAUCUCCCUCAGUUUAAAAUUACUUUGAUUGUCCCUUAAUGUGUAAAUGUAUACUUCUGGGACAUACUCAUAUAGCACAAUAUACCUCUGAAAAGUCUUGUGUUAGAAUGCUAUGGCUAUGUGGUAUUUUCCUCUAUGAAGGAAAACCUUAAAUAUCAGAACCGGUCUUGGUUCAGAAAGGUAAUUUCCAGACAUGGAACUUAACAGUAGCUGGGAAAGCGGAGUGCUUGACUAGUCUCAUCAUCUUUACCCUGCACUUUUUGCUGCACCUUAUUUUCAGAUAACGCCAUGGAAAGAACAGCUGGACUGCAGCAGGUUUGUUUACAGAUACUAUUUUAAUAUAUAUUUGCCUCAUAAAAAAACAAAGGCACUUGCUUCCAGAAUAAAAAGUAUAGUACUGUUCUAUCUCACAGUACUAGUUGCUCUUUGGUUUAAAUCAGGCGUCCUCAAACUCGGCCCUCCAGAAUUUUUUGGCCUACAACUCCCAUGAUCCCUGGCUAGCAGGACCCAGUGGUCAGGGAUGAUGGGAAUUGUAGUAUCAAAACAUCUGGAGGGCCAAGGUUGAGGAAGCCUAGUUUAAAUAAUCUAAUUGGUUGGGCAUCUAUUAAAGGAACAGUGCAGCACUUUAAGACUGACCCAAUCUGUGUUCUCCUUUGUGGUAUGUUAGAAAUUAAAAUGGAAAUAUGGGAGCAAAUUAUGUAUCUGCUGUGCAGGAGCAGCCAGCCCACAUCCUUUUUGAUUUUUUAUUUAUUUAAGGAUAUGUUAAAAUUUUCAUCCCAAGGCACAAUUAAACUGGCUUUACCUGACUCCACAUGCCUUUGACAGUUAUCAAAUGAGUCCAAGUGUUGAGGUAACUUUUUAUAGCAGACAUUUGCUUCUUGGUUUUAACCUAUUCCUUCUUGGGCUCAUCCUUUUUCCCCUUCCCCAAAUUCUAGGUUAUACUUAUGCAUUGAUCCUCUAAAUGUAGUAACCCUACACUUCAAAUUAAACGCUAUGUAUUAAAAGGCUCAAAUGAGACUGGAUGCCUUCUGAGUCGUUUUAAUUAUUGCAUCCAGUCUGCAAAGAACUUACUAAUUUUCAUCCAGUAUAUAUGACAUAUUUCCUUGUAAUUGAAUGGUCAGGCUGCUUUGUUUCUUUUAUGCAUUUGACUCAGGUGAGACUGAUCCUUAGCUACUCCUGGGAGUGGCUUGGUAUCGCCCACCAUGUUCCUCUAUUUGUUUCCAGUUUAUUGGUCUAGGCCCAGGGGUAAGGAACUUGCAGCCCCUCAGAUGUUGCUGCACUACAGCUUCAAUCAGCCUUGGCCAUAGUGGUUAGACCUGAUGGGAGUUGGAGUCCACCAACAAUUAGAAGGCCACCUGUGUUCCCUAUCCCUGUUACAAGGUGAUUGCAAGGAGUUGAGCUGGGGUUUUUGACUCAGGCUGCACCAUUUGCCUUUCAGUUCUUACAGGGAGCUUGUAUGCCUGAGAGAUCUCCCGCCACAGCUUUUCUCAUAGAAUCUUCUUUGCAAAUGUUUAGAGACUGCAAUGGUAGGCUUGGAUUUAAAUGCAAACUGCUUCAAGGAGUGAUACCGAUGAGUGACACUUAAAUGUGGCUGAAAAACAAAAAAGGUCACUGUUGGCUGUGUUGGCUUUGGUUUGGAUUUUUAAUCACUAAAGGAAUGGAACUGCUGUGUGGCAAGAGGGUGGGCCUCACCAGGCCAACAAAUGUUCCUGGAAAUUUAAAGUAUCUCAAGUGGAUUAAUGUUCAUGCUGCCCAGAUUAAUGCUGAUUUACUAACAGCACAUAAAUGUAUUAAAUGGAAACUAUUAAAAUAAUUUUAUUUUAAAAAAAUAUGCUAGUGAAGGUCUUUACUUUUUCUGCAACAAUUCUCAUAGUCACGGAGCUCUUCCUAUAAAUAGCAUGGAUUGGGUAUAAGCAAGUGGACUUCACAGUUGUAAUGCUCAGGUGGAGGUUUGUGAGUUGAUGGGUUAACAAUAGACACACUGAAAUUAUCAACAGGUCUAUUCUUUGUAUGGCUGGAAGUGAUUACCACCCUUUUUCAGCAAGUCUUAAGGACCCUUAUUCCAAUUCUACUUUAGUGUAGGAUCUGUUGGCAUACUUGUGUGAUUGUGCAUAAUUCUGCAUGCUUUGGGAACAAGUACCAUUAAUGUGGAAGCUUGCAAUCUGAAUAUGCUUUGAGAAGGGAUAGUUAAGGGGAACUUGGCUGCCUCCUAACCACCUUCAGUAGGGAUAUGUCUGCUGUAGAACGUAGCAUGGUAUCUUUGCAGCCCUGGGUCAACUGUAUUAUUACUGUUGCAUAACUAUCAUUAGAUGCCGUAUGUCUAAGAAUUAAAAACAUUGGCUUCACAAUGAAGGCUGCUCUUUGUCAGGUAGCACAAUACAUUUCCCCUUUGUGUGGGUUCUUGAGUUAUUUUUCCAAAAGACCUUAGAGUGUCCAAAAAACCUUGAUCUAUACAUACUCCAUGAUUGAAGUUUUCACAUCUGACCAUGUUUCCUUACCUGCUGUACUUGAGAAAACACCUCUAUCACCACUGGAAGUCAAUUCUCUACCGGGCCAUCCUCCACUAAGUAGAUGGGGAAAGUUGCCUACUGAUGAUUCCAUGAUUCUUAGAAAAGGACUUUGAAAGUUCUUCCUGCCAUAUUUCCAUUUUAAAUAGAGGAAUUGUCAUAGUGAGAACAAUAGUCCACCCAAUUAUAAAUAGGUCACAGCCUUCUCAUGAAUGCUAGGUUUUAUUCACUACAGAGACGGUGAUGGCUGUUGCAGCCAUUUACAUCUACACAAUGACAUACAUGGUGAGAGAAGGGAUGUUGCACUGCAGCUUCUUAUUCUUCAUACUGUU